GCAAUAAGGAAAAGGAAAAUGGUGAAAUCGAGGAAAAAAAAGAUUGAUUUUAUUACUCGAGCGAGUGUGCUCUCGCAGUUGAUUUUAGAUGAACACUAGAAAACGUUGAUGACGAUAGGUAAUAAAAUAAUUAAUAAAAUAUUGAUAGGAAUUUUCACGUUUGGAACGAAGUCUGGAUGACGCGAUUGGAUUUGUCGUCGGAUUGCUCGGGAUGGCAGGCGAUCGACGCGACUCCUCAGGAACGGAGCGAGGGCGUGUAUCGUUGCAGACCGGCAUCGGUGGCCGCCGUGAAGAAGGGUGAAGUCCUGCGUCCCUACGACAACGCGUUCCUUUUCGCCGAGGUAGUCUACUGGCGUUACAACGGGCCUACGCAGCCGUUGAAGUUGGUCCGCAAGGACAUGUACGGUAUCGGCCAGCUGAUCAGCACGAAAGCGGUUGGCAGAUGGACAAGAGAGGACAUCACGCACACUUACAAGUAUCCAAAAAAGUCCGAUGAAGAACGUGUUGCUAUGCUAAAGGCGCUGCGCCAGAGCGAGUCUUUAUUUAGCCGUUAUUAUCUCAACGAGGAGUUCAACGACGUCAUGUUCACUUUCGAACUGCGCGAUGACAUCAUAAUCGGGCAACCAUUCAGCGUCGUACUAUUAAUAGAAAAUCGACAUUCGACGAUGGAAUACUGUGUGUCUGUAAUUCUGAGAGUGGAGACUGUGCUGUACACCGGUCGUGUAGGCAAUCCAGUGAAGAGGUUGAACAUCGACAGACUGGUCCGGCCAGGGGUGUUCGAAGAAAUUCGCAUGGAUGUGUCCUGGGAAGAGUACGAUCAGAGAUUAUUAGACCAAUGCGCCUUCAACAUUUCCUGCCUUGCCACCGUGAAGGACACGAACUUCGAGUACUUUGCGCAGGACGACUUCCGUGUUAGGAAACCUGACAUUAAGAUCACGUUGCAUAAUGACGCAGUCGUCGGUCAGACUCUUCACGCUUCGGCCAAAUUCCGCAAUCCGUUGCCGACUUCUUUGACGAAGGGUAGGUUCCUGAUCGAGGGGCCUGGUCUAGACGAGCAGUUGAAGAUAAAGCUAUCGGAAUCUGUCGAGAUGGAUGCAGACGCGGAGUGUAGCUUCUCCAUGAUACCAAAGUUAGGAGGAUGCGCCAAGAUAGCGGCAAAGUUUUAUUCGAAAGAAUUAGAGGACGUUGAUGGAAAUUCGGACAGUUUUAUAGUCAAAUGGGCGAAAACCAAUAAUUCUGAGACGGGAUCUAGUUGUGUAUCCAAUUAGCUUUCUAUCUUCAUCGGCAGUGUUAUGUGAUAUGAUAUGUUGUUUCGGAUUAAUGUACGGUCUGAUACUUUGCAAUUUUUCUUUCAUAGAACGCGCGAGGUUCUGUGCAAUUUGUAUUUUUAUUAAAUGUUAUGUAACUGAAUUCUUUUUAUAAAAGAAAAGCCCUUACAUUCUA